GAUUCAAUUGAGGACUAUGAACGCCAAAUCCGCCUGCUAAAGGACGAAAUCUCCAUUUUAUCAGCAGAAAAAAGUGUGCUCCAUGGAAGGUACUGUUUCAAAAAUUCAUGGUUUAGGCUUUCUAGGAGUCGCUCUCCAAGCCCAAUACGUCACUCUAGCAGAUCAUCCAGCCCAUUUACCAGGAGCGAGUCUCCGACAGCAGCCCAGCUUACCAACUCUUCUCGUCACAGCCGACUAAUAUCCAGAUUCAAUGACAUCUAUGCCAAUGAUCGUCUAGAUGCACAGACUCUGUUGAGACGUUACAUAGAUGACCUCGAGAUGGUGCAGAGAAUAAUUUUUAUUGCCACUGUGGAAUCAUUCCAUGCAGCUAAGAUGUCAUAUAGACAAUUUAAACUCCGUGUAAGGAAGUCCCUGUCUCCAUCUCACAUGGGACCCGGAUCCUUGGAAGAUGCUGUGACUGACUAUAUUGUCCGCAACCUGGAUCUUUAUGAUGUCCAGGCCAGUGUUAAUGAUGUGAUCAGUACAAUGAAUAUCAAUCCUAAAAUCUCCUUCCCACCAGAAGUGGACUUUAUUUUAAUCAGCAGCUUCAUCCGAGAGGUGUGCCGUGUGGCAUUUGCCAUGCAGACUCUUGAAGCCCCAUUGGACAUUGCUUUUGCAGUUGAUGGAGAACUCUUUAGUGAAACCAAAUAUCGUCGUACCUAUGAUUCUGAGUUCACUGCACCUCUAGUGUUUUACCAUGUAUGGCCAACCCUGAUGGAAAAUGAUGUUCCUAUAGUCAAGGGAGAGGCAGUGACCAAAAGAGGAGCCCUGAAGAGCAGAAGCAGAAGCUCCAGUCCCCUGCGCUCCCGGUCAGUCAGUCCAGUGUUAACAAUGUCUAUUAUUAUUCAUCUUCAGGCAUCCAGGAGCCGUAGCCCCUCCCCCCGAAGAAGUGGGACCCCAAGUAAGUCGACCAGCAAUUAG